AUUUUCUUUGGUUGGUGUCUUGGUUGUGUUUUGUCCCACUGUGCUCCAGACAAUUUGAUCAUUUGCUGCGUGUUCGCAUGUGUGUUACACAGCAAGAAACCCAAAACAAAGGCUGUGUUUGUGGACACCCUGGAAUACCAGGGGACCCUGGACACAAUGGUACACCUGGAAGAGACGGCCGAGACGGACUCAGGGGUGACAAAGGUGAUCAAGGUGAAGUUGGCCGUAUUGGAUCAGCAGGCACUGAUGGUCGCAUGGGAGACAAAGGGGAUCAUGGUACAAUUGGCCCGUUAGGGCUCAAAGGAAAAAGGGGAGAAAAUGGAGAACGGGGGUUUCCUGGGAAAAUGGGGCCCCAGGGACCCCACGGGCCCCUUGGUCUGAAAGGAAACAAGGGAGAGCUCGGACUACCUGGACCCAAAGGACUUAAAGGUGAUUUGGGGCCUCUUGGACCAGAGGGUCCGAAGGGGGAAACUGGCCUUCGAGGUGACAGAGGCAUUCAGGGACCAUUUGGACCCCCUGGCAGGUCAGGGUCUAAGGGGGAACUUGGUGUUCCAGGUAACAAAGGCAGUAUAGGUUAUCGUGGUGACAGGGGGGUUCGAGGAGAGAAGGGUGAUAGAGGUGAGAAGGGAGAUGCACCUGUUAUCUCUAAAAGUGCCUUCUCUGUGGGACUCACAGCACAAAGUAAACUCCCAAUUGUUAAUAUACCGAUAAGGUUCGACAAGAUCUUUUACAAUGAACAGAAUCACUACGAUCCAGUAACAGGAAGAUUCACAUGCUCCGCGGCAGGAGCCUACUUCUUCACCUACCACAUCACCGUCUACUCCAGAAACGUGAAGGUGGCUCUGGUGAAGAACGGUGUGAAGAUCAUCCACACCACAGAUAACUACCAGAGCGGCGAGGAUCAGGCAUCAGGGGGCGUCGUGCUGAACCUGGACGUGGGGGACAAGGUGUGGCUGCAGGUGGCUGGAGGAGAGCUGUUCAAUGGGCUAUUUGCUGAUGAAGAUGAUGACACCACCUUCUCUGGAUUCUUAAUCUUUGGAACUUAAAUUAGACAUAAUUUCUUUAGAAUUGCUGGUAAAUGCUUUCAAAGGAUAGAAAUCAACCUGCCUCUAAACUUUAAAAUACAAUUUAUUGUUACAUGGUGUCAUUUUUUUGUCACAAGCUAAAGUUAUUUCAGCUGCUUUGUGUUUUUCUUUAACACACGCACUUCUCUGGUAUUUGGGGAUGGGCAUGCACAACAGAAAUACACAACACAUUAAUUGUUUUGGCAUGAUACAAUGACAUAACAGGAGGAAGUCGGUGCAAUACCAUGUGCAACACCAACUGGAAGGUCCAGUCUUAUUGUCCUCACAGAGCCUCAGGAACUGAUGAGCUGCAUUCUUCUUCUUUGAAAUGCUUUCUUUAUUGAGCACAUGCUCACUAACAGAGGUACAAACACAUAAAUAGACAAUUGAAAAACAAAUGUUAUAUACAUCAUAUCAUAUUCAUUUAAUAAUUUAAAAGUCUUAAUGGCUUUUUUUGUUUUUAACAUUGGGUGUGAUGGUGCUAUAUUGUUUGAAAUCAUUAAUAAAAUGCAGGAAAGUUG